AAUGCUAUCAGAACAAGGUGUUUUGAGAAAUAAUCAUUGUUAGCUAGGAUGGCGAUUUCUGAAAUAGCUACGAUAGCGUGCAGUAUUAGUAUUAAAUAAAUUGAAACGUUAAUAUAGGCAGUGGUGACAGUAGAUACACAGCAACGGUAUGGUACGUGCGACGUGCAGGAACCAUAACGUUAACCAGCAAUCUUCGACAUGGAGUCAAAUGCAACGACCUGUUGUUAAAUUACAAAAAAAUAGGGUUUUAGCGUUAUGCUAGUUUUCUAGUGUAAUGUAGUAUAAAUUUGCCAGCAAAGGUGAAAAGACGUGCGCUAUGUAGUAGUAUUAAACCAACAGUCAAUCAAACGCUAGCUUUUCCUUACCGUUUCUUGCUGUCCGAACGGUGACAGCCAAGUUUGCUAACUGGCUAGCCAAGGUUUUGUGUUUUAUACAGUCUACGGUUUACCGUCAUGGAUAGGGAGGCAUACCGUAACUGCUGCAGCCUGGUGAAAAUACCGAGGCAGUCGUAUGAACAGUUUUGGUCCUCACAUUUUGUAGAUUACAUCGACAAGGAGCUGAGCUAUUCUAAGUUUUUCAAGAAAUAUUUGCUGCCCAAUCACCCAUGUAUGUUUUCAAGAAGGUUUACAGAGGACUGGAAGUGUAGAAGACAGUGGGUGUCUGAGAACGGGAAGCCUAACUUCCAAAAACUGCUGCAAGAGUUUGACGAGACUCCAGUUCCUGUUGCAAACUGCAACGCAAAGGAGUACAAUGCGAACCCUAAACAAGUUAUGCCUUUCAAAGAAUUUAUACACUACUGGAAGGAAUACAUCCAGAAUGGUCACUCAUCACCUAAAGGAUGUCUCUAUCUUAAAGACUGGCACAUGUCAAGGGACUUUCCAGAACAUAAUGUUUACACCACACCAGUCUUCUUUUCUUCUGACUGGCUUAAUGAAUACUGGGAUACACUUGAAGUGGAUGACUACCGAUUUGUCUACAUGGGACCCAAAGGCUCAUGGACCCCGUUCCACGCCGAUGUGUUCCGCUCUUACAGUUGGUCCGCAAACAUCUGUGGCAGGAAGAAGUGGCUCUUGUAUCCCCCGGGUCAGGAGGAGUUUUUACGAGACACUCAUGGAAACCUCUCAUAUGAUGUAACAUCAGCUGAACUUCGAGACAGAGGCCUUUUCCCAAACUCUGAAGAAGCUUGUCAGCCUCUUGAAAUUAUUCAAGAGGCAGGCGAAAUAAUUUUCGUGCCCAGUGGCUGGCACCAUCAAGUUUAUAAUCUGGAGGACACCAUCUCUAUUAAUCAUAACUGGUUGAAUGGCUGCAACAUAGACAUCAUGUGGCAGUUCCUUCAGAAUGAGCUAUCGUCUGUUCAAAAAGAGAUAAAUGAGUGGAGAAACACGAUGGACUCGUGGCAUCAGCACUGCCAGGUCAUCAUGAAGGCCUGCUCUGGCAUCAACUAUGGGGAGUUUGCCUCAUUUCUGAAAAUCAUUGCUGACAACCGAAUGGCUUUCUUGAAUGCUUGUUCCUCCGGGGAUUCCUCCGAUUACCCGCGCCAUCUCUCAGAGACCCUCACCACACUUGGACCUUACCAUGCUGCCUUUGACCUGCAAAGAGUGGCUCACGUAAUUGAAUGCCUUCUCUGCAAUGAAGACUUUAAGCGGCUCGAUCACUCAACUUUGAAUUUGCAGCCAGAAACCAUGUUAGAGCAAAUUCGGGACACUAUACAGUCCACAAGGGGGCAGCAUCUCCUUUAUCAGGAAUGAAAUGUUCAGUGGCAUCCCAUCAAUGUAAUGAUCGCCUGGAAAUAGCUUGAAUGAAAUGUGCCAAUGCGUACAGCGCGGAUGAUAAAUGUGUUCGUUUCAGAUGAAUUGCAAUAUCAAAUGUUGCUUGACAAUGUUUGGAAUUUGUUUUUACACUAAAAGAAAAAAUGGAUUAAUAAACAAAAUACACCAGG